AGGGGAGCGGGCGGGGCCUGCGGGGGCCGGGAUGGCGGCGGCGGCGGCGGCGGCGCCUGGAACCCUGGAGCCGGGUCGUCUCUCCGUGUAUUUCUGCGGGAGUAUCCGUGGCGGACGCGAGGAUCGGGAACUGUACGUGCGCAUCGUGUCUCGCCUCCGGCGCUUCGGGGUGGUGCUUACCGAGCAUGUGGCGGCCGCCGAGGUGGACGAGAGCGGGGAAGAGGCUGCUGGAGGCGACAAGCUCAUCCAUGAUCGGGACCUGGCCUGGCUGCAGCAGGCAGAUGUGGUCGUGGCAGAAGUGACCCAGCCCUCUCUGGGGGUAGGCUAUGAGCUGGGCCGGGCCGUAGCCCUCCACAAACCAGUCCUGUGCCUGUUUCGCCCAAAGUCUGGCCGAGUGCUCUCAGCCAUGAUCCGGGGAGCAGCCGAUGGCUCCAGGUUCCAGGUGUGGGACUACGAGGAAGCAGAAGUGGAGGCCCUGCUAAAUCGGUACUUUGAGGCGUAUCCUCCUGAGCAGGUGGCUGCCUCAUCCUGACCCAAUUGCUUGACUUCACCCCAGUUUUUAUUAAAUUCUCCUGACCCCA